GUCGUCUGUAGUUUGUUGCUGUUAAAUGUUGUUUACCGAGUUCUAGCUAUUAGCUAAGUUGAUGUUUAAAUAUUGAUGAACUAUGCUAUUGGUUUUGGAGAGAAUGAGACACUUGUUAUAUAAAUCAACAGUUUUAUAGGAUUCAUUAUUGGGGUUAUAAGAAUUGUUGUGUUACGUGAAAAAAUAAACGUUUGUUUCAUGUAGUAAUGUUAGGUUAGCAUUCUGUAAGAGGCUUUCUUAUAAUUUUAAUUUUAUGUUUUAAAGUAGAGCUAUUUUUACAGAAUGAGUCAGAUUCAGUAUGUAGAUGAUCUUAUUAGAGAAUAUUUACUGUAUAGAGGAUUUAGUGGAACUUUGAAAAUGUUUGAUGCAGAGUUGAAAGUGGACAAAGAGAAAGGAUUUAGGGUAGAUAAAAUAGUUGACCAGCUAAUGCAGUUUAUUUAUACGUAUGACCUCACUGGGCUAAAGGAACUUUGGGGACAUCUUGAUCAAAAAAUGUUUUCAAAGUUGGAAAAUGAGUUUACACCAGCUAUAAGGAAGCUGGAGAGUUCAGUAUUGAAGCUCUACCUGGUGAAUGCUGUGGCCAACAACAAACCAGACAAAGUGACAGAGUUCUUCAGUCGGCUCACUCCCGACCUUCAGGGCCAGCCUGAGUGGAAGGAUUGGUUCAUGUUACCCUACGUGAAGAACCCCGAAGAAAGUCCAGUGUUUUCUGUUCAGUUCACUCGUACUUGGCAGGACACUUUGGUGGUCUCCCUCCAUAACUUUCUGGCAAUAAUUUACCAGGCCAUGCCGAUGCCAGUGCUGGCCAACUAUGAAGAAGAGGCUGGCCGAGUCCGACGGCUGACAGAGGAAAAUGAUAGUCUACGGUUGCGGUUAGCAUCCCUGCAGCAGCGCUCCAGUCUUGCCCCUGAGGUGCUUCCACUUCCAGACCUCAUGGACGAUUUUUACAUCAUUGCCCAGGAGAUCCCAGCUGGUAUGGAGGUGCAGGGGAAGUCACUGAAGACGCUGAUCCGUACGAUAGGAGGAGGACUGCCCACUAGUCCAAUCAUGGGCCGUAAGCCUCAAGAGCAAAGUCACAAACGAAACAAUUCCAAACGUCUUAGUACCACCCCAACAAAUGUGUGGGGAAAAACGGCUGGUGAUGGAACAGGAUUAACCAAGCGUUCUGUGUCACUGGAGGCGAGGUCCAGGACACGAAACACUCAGAGAGAAGUUUCCCUCGAUAGAACUGGCAAGAUGUCAAGACAGGGGUUUCUACUACUCAGUCAGGAAGAGAUGACGGAGCACAAAUCAGCUGUAACCCAAUGUCAAUUCAAUGCUUCAGGCUCGGUUGUAGCUAGCUGUGAUGUGGAUGGAGUAAUCAAAGUUUGGUCUCCUGCUCCUCAACCUAAACUGCUAUCCAGCCACUGCCACAAAGCUGCUGUACUGAGCCUGGAUUGGGUUAGCAAGAACGAGAGGUACCUUGUGUGUGGUUCCCGCAGUGGUACGGCAGCUCUAUACGACUCACGAGACAGCAAGACUCUUUGGGAGAUCAGUGUCGAGGACAAAGCCAGGAUUGUGAGUGUGGCUUGCAGUCCUACAGAGUCAGUGUUCGUGAGUGCGUGUGUCUCUGCCCAAAAUCAAGGCAAACUGCUCCUCCAUGACAUCAAAUCCAAGAAACUUGAGAGAACAUUGAGCCUGGGCCCUGGACCUCAGAGUCUGUACGCCACUUGCUGUGCCUACAACCACAAUGGUCAGCUGUUGGUGGCAGGCUGCUCUGACGGCACAGUACGUACCCUGGACCUGCGGCACUCUGAGGUAAUCGACUCCUGGAGUGGCCACCAGGGCGCAGUAACUGCUCUACAACUCACUCCGGACCAAAACCACUGCUAUUCACUCGGUCAGGACAAUAAGUUAUACAGACACAGUUUUAAUCAGACCAAGCAACCAGUGUGGGAGACCCAACUGCCUUACAGUGCAACCUGCUUCACCCUGGACCAGUCUGGCCAACACAUACUGAUGUGUGGUCAGAACGGAGCAAGCAUUAACCAGAUCUCAGUGGGAGGUGUGGCCCCUGUAUUGAAGCUCAGUUCCACAUCUGUGGCAGCCUGCCACUGGGCCAACGCUAACCAGUGUGGGACCUGUGUCACUGCCGGCCUUGACGGAAAAGUCGAGAUAUUUACACUGCUCACACCUUGACCUCGUACUCGCUCCGGUACUUGUAUCACAUAGACCCCCGAAAUCCAUAUUAUUUGUUGGUGAGAUAUUGUUAUAUGCAACUUGUGGCACGUGUGUUUUUGCACAUUCACAGAUUGGCUCAAAUACAAUGAAUGUAAUUUGAUGUUAAGUGAAGACUUCUUAUAAAUCAAUGGAUUAUAUUCUUAUACUCAUACGUACAUUCUGUUUUGCUGAGUUUCAGCAAAAAUAUGAACAUUAAUUUAAUCUUAGGUAAUAUUUUGUUAGAACCAGCAAAAUAUCAUUCCAUUCUGACUCCAUUUAUUGUUUUCCUUUAUGUAUCACUCCCUUAUAUUGUAAUCAUUGUAUAUGUUUUGUAGUGAAUAUAAAAUAAAUAAAAACUGAUAUUGGAUGAACUGAAAGAAAAAUCUACAAGCAAAAUUUUGAUGUAUUUAUAUGCAUAUAAAAUUAAUUAUAUAAACAUAUAAACUUAAAAUACUUUUGUUCUCUGUUUCAAAAUAUUUUAUGUAAAAAUAUCCCUAUCUUAAGCCUUUAUCCAUUAUUUGAAGGUAAUGGACGUAUACCUGGCAGCAUUCUGGCUAAAUGAGUGACGUACCAUAAUCAAACUUGAGCUUUACUAUAAUAAAAUGUUGUUUUACCCAAAUUUCAAGCCCAUAGCUCAGUGAUAAAUUUGCUAACGUUGAGCCAAAUCCCAUGAAGGGAUAUUCAUUAUCAUCUAACUUGAUCUUACCUUUUUAGGAAUGAAGUUUCACUCAAAUUUGAAUCCUACAGCACAAUUUGAUCAUGAGACUCCCCCGAGUAAUUAAUAGCCUUUGCUAAUGCUUAGCUAAACCGUAUAGAUGGAUAUGCACCAUCAUUGAAUUCAAUCUUGCCUAUGUAGAAGUAAAUGAUCAUACAAAAUUUCGUCUGUAGCAUCAUCAAACUGAUCUUGUCUAUGUAGAAAAGGAGUUCCAUGGAAAAUUUUAAGUCUAUAGCUCAAUCCAUUUUCAAAUUUCUUGCAGAUGGGAAAUGGAGCUCAACAUUCAUAAAUUUCCUGCAGACAGUUAGGCUUCGCUAAAGUUAGUCAAUUUACACGGAAGGUAUAUGCAGCAGCAUCAAACUCUAUCUUGGCUAUGAAUACAUGAAAUUCUUUGCUAAUUUAAAUUGGUUCUGAAGAACUACUACUGAAAACCAAUAGACAGACAGGCAAACAGAAAGAUUUAGAAUUUUGCAAACCCCUCCAAUUGAUAGGCUUUGCUAAUGCUCAGCAAAUAUUAAUUAAUAUAAGGUUAUUUAAACGAACCAUUCCACCUCCAUUCUCACAAACUACCAAGUGUAAAAUAACUUUGGUUCCAUUGAUUUAUUAAAAUCCUCUAUCAGACUUAUCAUCUGCAUCCAUAUUGCUAGUUUUUCAUAUAAAAAAAUAUACUCUAUUUCAGUUUGCACCAUAAGGUUUUGAGAUACAAUUUGCAAUAACUUCCAAGUUCAUAAAAAUACUCCUAUGGAGAACUAAAAUUACAAUCCAUUUCUGAAAAACUAAUUUAUUACAUGGGUCAUUUUUAAAGUAAGAACCAAUUGCGCAUUGUUCUGUGCAUCCUGUCACGUGACAUCUGUUCAAGGUCAGCCACUCUUGGCCAAUCACUCACUAUGCCACCAUUACAUUUCAUGUCUCUGCCGAUGUUGGUUGUGUGUUUAUACUUCUUUGUUUGUCGCCAUGUCAAUCACUAAUCCCGCCGAUUGUAAAUGUGCUCAGUAAUUCAGUUUUUAAAUGAAAAAAAUUCAUCUUGCAGAGAUUCAUCAGUUGAUGUUUAUUAUGAGGGUGUAAUGAAUGAUGGAAAUGUGCGAAAACGGUGUAGGUUUUUAGUGAAGGAAGGACAAAUGUUUAUGAUGAAGAACGAUUGGAAAGGCCUACUGUCAUAAAUAAAGACUACACAAAAAGCUGAUGAGGAAAUUCACCAAAAUAGGUGCUUCACUAACUACGAACUUCAUCAGUAGUUUCAAGGUUUGUAGUUUAUAAUAUUAUUACUGAUAGAACUUUGUUACAAAAAAAUUGUUCCGAAAUGGGUGCCAAAAAUGUUAACAGAUGAACAUAAAGCAAAGCAUAAGGCACAUUCUUUGUCCUUUUUGGAACUCUAUCACAAGGUUAGUGAUGAGAACUCACAUUGUGACUGGUGAUGAGAAGGCACAUCGUGACGUGAUGAGAAGGCACAUCGUGACGUGAUGAGACGUGGGUUAUGUAUACACUCCAGAGACUAAAAGUCAACCCAAUGAGUGGCAUCACCCAAACUCCCCACUGAUGCCACGGAAAUUCAAGCAAUAACCUUCAACAAGGAAAAUCAUGGCCACAGUUUUUUGGAAAGACAUACUUUUGAUAGACUUUCUGCCACAAGAAAUAAUAAUAAAUGCAGGGAGAUACUAUGAAACAUAAUCAAAGCUUAGGCACGCUAUUCAAAACCGCCAGUGAGGCCUGCAAGAACACAGACGCAGCUGGACAAGUUUCGUUGGUAAUUACUGAAUCAUUCGCUAUACAGUCCUGUCUUAGUUAGCAUCACCAGACUUUCAUCUUUUUCCAAAACUCAAGGAAUUUCUUAGUGGGAAGCACUUGGGAAAUGAUGACUAACGGUUAGGUGGCAGAGUUUGUCGAUGGUAGGAUCCAAAAGCUGUUGCCAUGACUUGAUAAAUGUUUAAAUGUUCAUGGUGACUUUGUAGAGAAGUGAAUUAAUGUUCGUAAUUUAGUCUGUGAUACAAUUUAAGUUCAUGGAUUAAGUUUCCCUUGAUCCAGUACAAAACGGUUCUUAAUUUAUAAAUAACCUCUCGGAGAAAUGAUUAUAAUUUUCUACCUUUUGAAAUCUCCUUUUGAAUAGCGACUUAAAUUGUAAUAUCUUGUAAAUUGUUCAUUCUAUUCAAUAGAUUUUUUACUACAGUUUUCUAAAUACUUAAGAUUACAAAUCAUACAUGCAAUGGCCAAAUUCUUACUUUGAAUUUGUAUGUCAAAAUGUAAUUCUAUACAUACAUAUAUAUGAAUAGAAUUAAGUGUGUAAAUUGAACAGAGUAUUAGAAAUUUAAUUGUACAGAACUAUAAGUAUUUUUAGCAUGUAAGUGUUUGUUGUGUCAAUUAUAGAUAGUGUUUGAUUUAUUUUUGGAAAUGCUACAAAUUGAUAGUAAAAUUAAUUACAAAAACUGAGAAUUCAAAAAACUUUAAAGAGUUUGAAUACAGAACAUGUUCUUACUAAUAAAUGCAAUUCAAAGUUUUAAACUAAAUUGAUACAAUUAGGGAACAUUUCUGCCAAUUUUCAUAAGAUAAUUGCUCACUUUAUCACUUGUUUUCCUGUCUUCAUGAUUGCAAAGUUUGUUACCUUCCGGCUGAUAGAUUAUUUGUGUGUAGAAAUACAUUGGAGUCCCGCUAAUCCGAACACGUUAAACCUAAACAGGUCCAGUAGGAAAUUCUUAUAUUUAUUUAUAAUGAUAAUGCACAGUUAAAGGAACUAAUUACCUGAAAAAUGAAAAUAGGUGCAUCAUUUUGUAAAAAAACUUUAAAAAACAUAAACUUUCAAUAAAUACGUGAAAAUUGUUUUGUUAGGACGAAUUGUGUAUGGUACAGUACAGUACAUAAAUAAUGAAUUUUGAAUACAGUACCAAAUUGAAACUUAUAGAUUAAGUAUGAGUUAAAUUAAGAAGUGAAAUCAAUCAAAAACUGGAUUUACAGUAUUGAUUUUAUUGUUGAGUACAAUAUUAAUUGUUAAAAGACAUACAUUCAGUAAUUGUCUUCUGUCGCAGUGAAGAGAAUCUAUUGGAUGACCUUUGCUUUUGUGUCAUAAACAUGAUAUCGGCAUGUGUAGCAGGAGCCUGUUGCUCUAGAUAUCGUAGUGCAAUGUCUGUAUGUGGCAUGUCUCCUUUAUUACACAGGUUCUCUUCGUCACUUCCUUCCUCCUCACACUCCAUAGAUUCUUGAGUGACUGCUGCAACUAUGUCGUGAUCAGUUAGGAAUUCGGAGCUCGCACCAUCUGCUGCCAUCUAUUCAUUGACGUCUGUUUCAACUGUUUUCUCGCAACCAGGAAUUGCUUGACCUAGCUAUAACAGAUUGUCUCUGCCAUUUUCUGCUCAAGCAUUGGCAUACUAGCUCAAUGGUAGGUCAUAGUUUUGUCCAAGACUUUCUCAAAAUUUUGUCUGUAAUGUUCAUCCAAGAAUCAGCAGCCCAAUAAACAACAUCCUUGGUGUUAAUUUGUUUUAUUUUUUGAACUAAAGAGACUGUGUCAUCUUCAAUCAGGUUUCACAAAAACUGCUUGAGGUAUUUAAGUUUGAUUGCAACAAAUCUUGGUCAAUUGACUGCAAUAAGGCUUUAACGUUUAGAGGUAAAAAUUAUGCUUUCAUUUCUCCGCUAAGAAGUUUUUCAGUAUUUGAGUGCAAAGGUGUAUUGUCAAUCAAUAUAAUCGCAUGUGAAUGUAAAUCAUUGUCAUUACUGAAUUUUUGGAUACAAACUAGUCAUGAAACCAUUGUUUAAAGAACUGUCCGUCCAUACAUGAUUUUUUGUGAUUGCUGUAAUAAACUGAAUUCAUAUUGACAUUUUUAAAAUCUUUGCAGAUUUGUCUAUCAACAUUAGUGCGAGCUUGUGUUAUAACAUGCCAUUAAAGUUACUCGAUCUUUGCUCUUUUUAAAGUUAGGAGCACAGAUUUCUUAUUAAGAUGCCAAACUCUUUGUAGACAGUUAUAUAAAGUUCAGGCCGGAUUCAUCAGCAUUAUAAAUUUGCUGUGGAGGAUAAUUUCCUUCCGAUAUCAAAGUUUCAAAUUUACUCACGUAUUCCUUUGUUGUAUCAUAGUCAGAAGAAAGUUGUUCUCCUGUAAUUGUCAACUGUCAUAUUCUAUGGCACUUCUGUCAUCGAUUUAACCACCCAAUACUAGCAUGAAAAGAUUCACCACCAUUCAUUAAUUCAUACAAUUGAUCACCUUUUUUGGAAGAAUAGGCCCACUAAAGGAGUUCCUCUCUUUCUUUCCUGGGAAAACCAAACAAAAAGCGCUUCAUCCACUUUACCGUAUUAAGAUUGCUUUGCUGUUUGUCUAAUUUCAAGAGCCUGGUCAGAAGAAGUAGCACAAUAUUGUUCAAGCUUCACAGUUUUUCCUCCAAUCACAAAUUGUAGCUUUGCCAACAUUAAACUCCGUAGCCAAUUUAGUCAUACUGUAAUCUUUAUUUAAAUGCUUUAAUGCAUCUAGCUUGUUUUUAAGAGUAACAGUGAUAUGCUUUCGCUUGGCACUCUCCAUAAAAUUAGCUCUCACACUUUAUUACGCAAAUAAUCACAAAAAUAGAAUCAAUGUUUGCCCUGAGGCAGUAGACGACACACUGCAGACUACAGCGCAAUGUGCAGCUGUUCUAUGAGUCAGUGUGUGUAUUUUUGGUACACUGAGACGGUCUGUACAGUCUGGUCCAUAGCAAGUGGACAUGUGCAAUGUGAGUAUUGCAGAAUAAUAGAACUCUCACACUACAAAAGUAAACUACGGUAUACUGUAACUUACUAACUGUACUUAGUACUCACACUACAAAAGUAAACUACGGUAUACUGUAACUUACUAACUGUACUUAGUACUCACACUACAAAAGUAAACUACGGUAUACUGUAACUUACUAACUGUACUUAGUACUCACACUACAACACAUUUGUCGCAUGAAAUAUAGUACAACAGUCAGAAAUGUGUUUUAAUAAACAAUAAAACAAUGUUGAUCAUUUUACAACAAAAUAGACCCAUUUUCAUGCUUAAAACCAUGUUUUGCUGUCACUCCAGCUAAUCCAAACAAUUGCGUAAUCCGAACUGGGUUCGGUCCCAAUUAGUUCGGAUUAACGGAACUCCACUGUACCAUAAAUAUCCAUGCAAUGAGACAAGUUAUGAGGUAUUAAUUUAAUGAUUUAUUAUUAGGUAUCAAGUGAUUUGACCACAAGAAUCAAAAGUUGCUUGUUUAUUUUAGUAAAUGUAUAAAAAAAACUUAAUAAAAAUACAAUUCCAGAAUUAAACAACAACAAAAUUGUGAUGAAAUGAUUCUAGAUAUGUUGAGGUUCUCGAAACACAACACUAGGGAGUCAUGCUAAUUUUGUAAUGAUUAACUACCUCAAAUUCAGUUCCAUAGAUUAAACUUUUAAUUAUACAUAUUUAAAGUUUGUCCUUUUAAUAUACAUUAUAGAAAAAUAGUUUAUAAUAGCUUACAUAGUACAAUCUAGAUUUAUAAUAUUAUAAAAUUGAAAACAAUGUACGCCUAGAUAUUUUGUUGAGGUUAAUGAUAUUUUAUCAACUAUCUAUAAACUAUUCAGUUAACAAACCCUUCAAUUAAAUGCUCAUUAAAUUAGAAGUUUAUUCUGUUUCGUUAUCUUAAAUAACAUUAUCCUAAAGAAAAUUAGAUAACAAUAUCCUUCUUUGAUGGUGUUUUUUUUAUUUCCAUGCUUGAUUGGGUUUUGUCAGAUAAUUAUAUCUGAAGCUUCAAGUUAUAUAUACUGUUCUAAUUAUUGGAAUCAACAGUGGUUAGAACAUCAAGAUAAACUCUGUUCAGAAGUAUUGGGAAUACGUCCUGUAUAUUUAAGCUGAACAUGAUUUUUUAAAAUAAUUUUCUUUAUUACUUCCAGCAGAACUCUUAUAGGACUGUUGGCAUUGUUGGUGGUAAAGUGUCACAUUCCGCUACACAGCAUCGUUUACAUUCCCCUCUGGUUAAAUGACAAUACAUAUAUGUAUAAUGCACUCACAGGACCAUUGAUGAUGUUCCAUUUUCGUACAAUGAUAUACAAUAAUUACUUAGCAUCGUCCAUGGUUCCUAAAAAAUUAAACAUAUUUUUUUAAGACACUUCUAUGAUGGAAAAUAAUAGAUAUUUGAUAAUGUAAUACUUCUUUUCAUGACUAUUUCUUAUGAUAUAAACCUUGAAAGACCUAAAUUAAAGAUUGAAGACAAAUAAUGAGACAGUCUUCUUGCCAUAAUAUGACAACUUCCCCCACUCACCCUAACCAAACUGCGUAAUCUGUUUGGCUACUAGAUACAGUAAAACUACAGCAGAAGGAAGACAAGUUUAAACUGACUGACUAUGGAAAUAGAAAUGUUUAUGAUUUAGCAUGUUUGAACCUGACUUAGUGGAUUCUAUUAUUGUAUUCUAAGAUUAGGAGGUAAGUGUCCGAAGAGUGACAUGUGUUCAACCAGCUAAUGAUGUACUGGAUUUGCUUGAAUCACCAUAAUCAUAUAUUUGUAUAAUGUUUAAAAUAAUCCGCACUACUCUUUGCCUUAAACAGUGAAGUAUUUCAUUAUACAUUCUUAGACUUACAAAAGCAGUGCUUGUAGUUGACAAUUAUAGUAUUAAGUUUUUGAUGCUUUAAUGGGAAGCAAUUAAAAUAUUAUCGUAUAUUUCAACUAUUUAUAGAGUCCUUUAAAAUUUUGACCUGGAGUGCCAGUGAUAUCUGUAGUGUGGCAUAUAAUGUACACUUUGCCUGUAUUGUCUAAAACACUAAGAGAGUUUAACAGGAAUAAAAUUAAAGUUUUUAAAUUUAUCAAAUUAAAAGAAUGAACUGCUGUUACAAAUUCAGACGAUUACAAAAUUAUAUUCUAAAAACUUAUCAUGUUACAUUUUUCUAACAUUUACACUAGUGGAAAACACCCACACUGUACACCCUCUCUAACUUUGUACUAUUUUUAAUAAAUAAAUAUACUCUAAUAGUAGUACCAUCAUAAAGGCAGUUAUUAGUGUUUUGGAAAUCAUGCGUUUCCUCCAAAAAUGGAAAAUUUUGUAGGUAACUCUUAAAUUUUCAGAUUUAAACCUCUUUCAUGUGUCUUUGUACUUUAAAGAGCUUUAGUUAAAUAGACAAGUAGUGAAAUAUAGGGAUUUCAAUACAUUUCCCAAUCAAAAUAGCAGCAAUUUGGAUUUGAAAAUGAAUCCUUUACACACUUACCUUUCCUUAGUCCUCAUGCUCCUUUUCUGGGGGCAAACCAGGUUAUUUACAGUAAAGCAUCAAUAAAUGGGUUAAAUUAUUGAUAUCUCUUACCUAGGGCACUGAUAAGAAGUUCAUUUGAAUUAAGCAACCUUAAUACGGCGGUAUUUUUCUAUUUCACAUUUAAGAAAUCUUGCCCAUGUCUUUUUUAUGCAUUGCUCUCAGAAUAGAUUACAAUUUUAAAUGAAAUACAACAAAAACACAUUUCAAUAAAAGAAUAACAAAAUUUGUGACAUUAGCAAUCAUUAUAAUUAUGGUACAACAAUACAGCACACAUUGUAACUUCCAUUUCCCAACUAAACAUAUAAAAUGAUGUUUCAUCAAGAAAUCAUUUUACUUUAUUCAUUUUAAGUACUGUUUACAGUAAAACAUUUAAAUUGAUAAUAUUUCUAAAAAUGAACUAAAUAAAGAAAGAAAAAGUGCCCAUAAAAUGUUAGAUAAUGUAUCAGAUUACAAGGUUUAUCUGAAAAGAAUGUGACCUCCCUUUGCUGGCUGAUUAUUACGGAACCAACCAUCUGCUGUGGGGAUGAAGAGGAACCCUUCCGAGAUUACUGACAGGACAGCAGCCUGUGAGUCACAAUGCUCUGUGUUGUAUGUUACGUGUGCUUGUAUCGCAUGUCACGAUGACCGAACAUCUUGAGCAAAGAGUUAACAUGAAUUUCUGCCAGGAACUUGGUUAUUCUACUUCAGAAAUUCUGUAAUCUCUAUGAUACACACAAAGCUUUUGGUGACGACUUUAUGGGUAAUACUUAGAUAAAACAGUGUUAUUGGACAUUCAAAGAUGACUGCAUUUGAAUUGGGAAUGAUCAGUGAUUUGGCAGGCCUGAAACGGCUAGAAAUUUGCUAAUAUUGAUUGUUUUUGCAUGACAACCAAUGAUUAACUGUAUGAGAGUUAAGAGAUCACACUGUGAUUAAAAUGUGCAGUAUGUGAAAAUUUUGGAAAUGAAAUGUGUUUAUGGAUAUCUGGCCAUGGCAGGUCACUCUCUUCACUAAAAUGUAGCCAUCCGGAUUGUCAAAACCACUAUUUUAUCUGAGUAUCACUCAUAGACUUCUAAAGCUUUCUCUAAAGAUCUCUGAAGCAGAAUGGAAGUUUCUGUAACCCUUUGAUCAAGAUUUCAGUUAUAAUAAAAUACAACACAAGCACAUGCAAAACACACAGAAAUCAGUGUACAAAACAGAGCACUGUCUUUCUGGCUAGGCUGAGAACAGAGAAUGCUGGUACUCUCGGAAGAGUUUCCUCCCCUUAACCAUCGGAGGUGAAAAGCACAGUGUGUGUGUGUGUACCACCACUCAGUCCACUGCAGGAUCAAAGGCACAUGGCUCUGUAUUCUGUUCUGCAUUUAGAAAUAACCAAUGUCUUUCUUGACAUUUUCGCUAGACUGAGUUUGAAUGCUUUCAGUUAGCUUUGGUAUUUUGUGGUUUUCACAGUAAUACAAUAAACAUUUGGUAAAAUAAGCUCAUAUAAUCUACUUCAGUAUGUUUUUUUAUAAAUUCAUGUUUUUUCACUUUAUAGUUCGGAAUAAAUGUGAAUAAUAUAUUUUUGUUUCCUAUUUAUUAGUUCAGAUUUAUUUAUUUAAGAAAUGUAUAAAAAUAUGUUUUAGAAUAGCAAUUGGCGCAAUUAACAACUGCCACAAUUAAAUUGUGCACAUGUCAUGUGGACUGUGGGCUAUAGCCACACCAUCUAUCACUGCAUAUAGGUCCGCGUUAAGUGCUGAGUUUUUUCCCGUUUGCAAUGGGUUAACCGAUCUAAGGCUGCCUUAACAUUUGGCAAGUAAAGGGAGGUUGGAUACUUUUCAGACAAAUGUCAUUUGCAACUUACAUAGUCUCUACAAAAUUAAAAGAAUUAAAACUGUAUUUUUAUAAACUACUUUCAAGUUUCUUCUAAAAAUAGACAUUCUGCUUUCUUAACUCCGGUUUUGGGAAACCUAUUGUGAGAUAUAGAAAUCCUCCUCUCUGAAGCACUUGUAUCGUGACCAAUGAAAGGUUAUUCCUCUCUCUUGUGCCAUAGUGAUGGUAUCUAAUCAGUUCUUUAUAUCUUGAAAUAAUAAAUAUACUACCAUCAAUAAUAAGACACUAGUAAACAAUACGAAACAUCAUAGCACUGAGUGACUUAAUACAAGUAAUAAUAUUUGAUUUGUCUCAAAUUUUAUCAGGGCUGACUCUCUAUUUUUCACCAUUUGUCUACUUUUUGAAGCUCUUUAAAAGAAAGGCAUUGUAUCUAUGAUUUUUGCAGUAUGUCUCCCUCAUUUUAACUUAUAUAUUUUUUAGUAUUUUCUUUGUCAUAUUAUAUACAAUGUUUUUAACACAUGAUACCUUAAUAUUUCUGCACUUGACUUUCCUGGAUGAAUUCAAUCAGAAAUACCAAAAAUGCAUGGGCUUUCUAAAACAAUUGCUAAAGAUUUAUUUAGUGCAUUUCUUAUAACAUAUUAAGAGUUUUGUUUUACUUUUUCUAUCCAGCAGAAUAUGAUCUCAUUUAUAAUAUUUGAGUUCUUUUUUAAUCAUAUUAACUUGUAUUUUUGUGUGGAUUUUGUUUACUUUACUUGAGGGAGAUAAAUGUGUACAAUAUCUCCCACAAUAUACUUAUAAUAUAAGCCUAUAUAUAUGCCUAAUUUUAAACAGUUUACCUAGUUUACCAGUAACUGUUUACAAUAUUCAUAAAACAACAAAGAGGCAAACUUAGAGGGCUUUGUAAUACAAUACUCAGUAUUUUUUACCUUAAAUUAGUUAGACUUUAUUAUAUUAAUAUUCUUUUGUAUAUUAUUUGUGAUAUUAAAUAAGUGUAUCUUGCUAUUAUCAAUUUAAAAUUAAAAUAAAUUUGUUUGUAUGCGGUUGUUGAAUAAAUUAGAAUGAAUGCUUA